CCCAAGUGCACGUUGCAUACGGCUAAACGACGGAUGUGGUCGGUGAUGUCGGUGGGAUCGCUGCAGGAGAGGUAAGCACGCCAGUCAGCUUGCGAGGCACCGACCUUGACCUGAUCUCAAUACAGCUAGACAGUGUCCAGUGAGUUGAAGGACAAUCCUGCUCCUUCGCACAUCUCUCAUCGCUGUCGCUUCCCGUCUCUACUGCAAGGUCUCAAACGGCAAACAUCUGGUGGGAAGUGAAGGGCGCGCACAGCCAGCCAGCUUCUCUCCGGCACAGCCACAAUCUCCUUCUCACUCGGCUGCGUCAUUGCUUCUUGUCGCCCAGGCGGUGGUCCAAGCGAACUGUGCCGUCUCCAACCAUCGUUUGCUGCCCACAUCCAAACCGCCCCUCCAUCCUUCGUCUUCGCAUACUUCCGUCCACCUCUACUACCACCACCAGGCACCCGGAUACAGUCCACCCCAUAGUUCUGCGACUCCUCCUCGAAGGCUCCCCUCCUCGCCUUUCCUUCUCAUUGAAUAUCCUAUUCCGAGACAUCCACAUCCCCGAAGAGCACGAGGCGAGGAUUGAGUGUCUGUUCAAGAACUACCACGCAAAAUGAGUCUGAAAGGCGUGGGGAAGAGUAUAACUCGAGCCCCACAACAAUUCAAGCAGCGCUUCAAUAUUGGCGAUAAUACAAAAGAUGCUGUCUACAUCGACGCUGAGAGGCGCUUUCAGGAGCUGGAGAAGGAGACCAAGAAGCUGCACGACGAGUCAAAGAAGUAUUUUGAGGCCAUCAACGGCAUGCUGAACCACCAGAUCGAAUUCUCCAAAGCCAUCCAGGAGAUCUACAAGCCCAUAUCCGGCCGUGUCUCUGAUCCCAACUCGCUCAUCCCCGAAGGAAACCCAGAAGGAAUCCGAGCUUGUGAAGAGUAUGAGUCUAUUGUGCGCGAACUGCAGGCCACACUGCAGCCGGAACUAGAAAUGAUCGAACAGCGCGUGAUAGCGCCCGCCGACCAGUUACUCGAGGUCAUUAAGGUCAUCCGCAAGAUCAACGUCAAGCGCGAUCACAAACAGCUAGACUACGACCGACACCGAGCCACUCUCAAAAAGCUGCAGGACAAGAAAGAAAAGACCCUCAAGGACGAAAAGGCCCUCUUCAAGGCAGAGAACGACGUCGAACAAGCCACGCAGGACUAUGAAUAUUUCAAUAAUUUGCUCAAAGAUGAACUCCCCAAGCUUUUUGCGCUGGAGGCCGAAUUCAUCCGUCCUCUUUUCCAGUCCUUCUAUUACAUGCAACUCAAUGUCUUCUACACCCUCCACGAAAAGAUGCAAGCCAUCAAUAUUGGCUACUUCAACCUAAAUCUGGACAUCGAGGAGGCGUUCGAGAUGAAACGAGGGGAUGUUCAGGAACGCGCAGAGGCGCUUUCGAUUGUCCAUUUCAAAACCACAGGCGGCGUGAAGCCUCGCGGCGUGUCGAGAUACGGACUGGGUCACUCGAAAGCCAAGGAGGCAGAAGCAAGUAAAAGCUCAUACGCAAGUCGGAGGACAAGUCAUCUUGAAGAUGGUGUUUCCAACCCACCUCCGCCUUAUUCUCCUACCGGCUCAGCAAGUAUGCCCAGCAGUCCUGCAAUAGGAAGUCCUUCACUGGGUGCCGCCAUUGCAGCAAAGGGCAAGCCUCCUCCACCAAAACCUAAGCCAAGUCGGCUGAGUGGUGUGCCUAAUGCAGAGACCUGUACAGCCUUGUAUGAUUACGAGGCGCAGGCAGAAGGAGAUCUCAGUUUCAUGACAGGAGAUGUCAUCGAAAUUACAUCAAGGACGCAGAAUGAGAAUGAGUGGUGGACGGGACGAGUCAACGGGCGAGAAGGACAGUUUCCUGGAAAUUAUGUGCGCCUGAAUUAGAGCCUUUGCGACGUCCAUUUGAAAAUAUGCACUGCAAAAGCACCAACCGUCGCCCAUGCCUGACUCUGUUCAUAUCUCUCUCGGUCUCUCAACGAUUCCAAAACAAAACCCAAGCACCUAUGGUGGAUGAUCAGAUUCAUCUAGCCGCGUCUGACGGCAACCGUCUGCGGCAACCAUCGACCUGUCUCAUCGAUUGGAUUUCGAGACAUCAGUCCCCGCCUGGCAUAUCACCCGAGCGCCAUGGGUUGGACCUUCUAAUAUAUUCUUUGGUGGAACUCGAGGGGUCGAUGCCCAGAUCAUGCAUUACAACUCCACCGGCAGAGGACGGCGACUUGGGCAUGGGCGAGAUCAUGGCCACAAGGGAUGGGAUGCGUAUAAACUGGGUCGGGAAGAUGAUAUACUUUAGUGCUUCGUUCACAACUUUGGACUGCAGCUUUCAACAGAGGCAUAGUUCGCGUAUAAUAUCCUUCUCAGAUGGAUCCCUUCCGCGGCUCCUUUUCUUUCUUUCCCGUUUUAGAUUGAUCCAGGUCGUCGACCUGGGCCGAAUCCCCUCAUACUUCUGCGUGCACACUCUUUUCCGUGGCAAGCUAGCCGUCGAGGCUACUUGGCUUCUGAGGCGUAUAAUAUCGCUCUCCGAGUCUUUUUCUACAGGUGUAGAGGUUCGCGAGGUAUAGGAGAUACUAUGGAGGGCCGGGAGAGGACCAGGAUGGGGC